AUGUCGGAUCAGGAAAAUGAGAAGCCAGGGCCUGUCGAGCCGCCAAGCCAAAAUGGCCAUGUAAAUGCGCCGCCGCCCUUCUCGUGGCUCCAACCGCACCCUAUUUUCGUGAUAAUUCUCGUCGGGUCCGACGAGUUACCAUUCGGGAUCCAGAAAGACUUCCUCUGCUCUCGAUCGGUCUUCUUCCGGGACUAUUUCGAGAAGCAGAGCCAAGAUACCGUCGAACACAUCGUGAAACUUCCAGAGGCAACGAGUGAGAUUUUUGGCUUAAUACAGCAUUACUUGUAUACUGGCCAAGUAAUUGCCGAUGUUUCCAAGACACCGUCCUACGAAUCCCUAGUCGGGCUGUGGAAACUUGCCCACAAGCUUGAGGUUGAUGGUCUUUGCGAGAAGACUCUCGACGCUAUGAUCGAAUGUAGACGAAUCACCGGACGGAUACCAUCGACGCCGCUACUCAUCCAGGUGUGGAAGGAUACUCCGGAGGGUUCGUCAAUUCGAACACUGCUUCUAUCAUGGGCAGCUGAGUACAUGAGGUCGUCCGACGCCAGAGCCGAAUUCGCCAAGUCACUCCCUCAAGAGGUUCUGAGCGAGCUCGUUGUGACAAUGAGCUCCUUUGAUACACAACCACCUGGCCAAUUAUCCCCCGACCCGACUUCUACAGCAUCUUUCCCCAGUGGUCUCAACAGUGCACUCCGGAAGAACGUGCACUAUCUGGACGACAAGGCCGACGAGGAAUCGACUCCUCAUCCGAAGAAGGGUCGUUUGGGCAGUGGCUUGGGCCCCGUACCGUUGCCUGUGGGUGGUGGAAAGGGCGCCGGCACCUUGCAACGAAAGGCUUCUCGCACAUCUCUUCCCAAAUCACAAGCGCCAAAACGUCGACCUAGUGGAACUGUGGUAGACGCAAGCUCAUUCACAACAGCGCAGAAGCUUGAAUUUUGCGCCGACUUACUGACGAGGAUGCUCUCGGGCCCUGGGUUCUGGACUCGUCUCGUCGGCCCCUUCAAAGACCCUGUUGUACCUGAACAAGAUGGCGUGCCGGACUACCUUGAGAAGGUGAAAAGACCUAUGGACCUGGGUACCAUCAAAGCGAAAAUGGACCGCCACGAGUACAAGGACGAGGCCGAAUUUCUUGUCGACAUGCGCCAGAUUUUCGACAACUGCUUCAUCUACUGGAAGACGGGCGACCCAAUGUGGGCAGCUGGCCAGAAACUGCAAAAGACAUUCGAGGAGAAGUACUCCGGGAUGAACAAGUGGAUCGCCAAGCUCGGCGGCGACGACCCAUAG